AGACAACCUGGCCAAACACAACGUCUGCUUCUUGAGGUCUUGACUGAUCUUGAGCAGCUCCCGCAAGGGACCAAUCAUUCCUCAAUCCUUUUACCUUUAUCCGACCCUCUCCCCUCUACCUUCCUCGUCCCUCUUUCCCUCAAAAUCUACCUACAUACAUACAGCCGUCCUUCCUGGCCGAUCGACAUCCUUCUAUACUACUUCCAACAUAACAAACACUCUAAAGUAUAACCACGCCGACACCACAUCCCUCGCGACAAACAACAAGACAGCCACUUGAGCUGCGACGCUUCGCAGCUCACACCAACCCAUAUCACCAAAUAUAAUAAAUAAACCAAACCGACGCAACCAUGUUCCCCACCAUGCGAACCGUGGCCCUCUUCGUGGUCCUCACUAUCUGUCUCAUCCAAUUAGUCCUCGCCGCAGAAGACUACUAUAAGAUCCUAGGACUGGAUAAGUCCGCCUCGGAGAAGGACAUCAAGCGCGCCUACAGACAUCUGAGCAAGAAGUUCCAUCCGGAUAAGAACCCAGGCGACGAAACCGCGCAAAAGAAAUUCGUCGAAAUCGCCGAAGCCUACGACGUGCUCUCCACAUCCUCCACCCGCAAGAUCUACGAUCAAUACGGCCACGAAGGCCUCGAACAGCACCGUCAAGGCGGCCGACAAUCGCACGAUCCAUUCGAUCUAUUCUCGAGAUUCUUCGGCGGCGGAGGUCAUUUCGGACAUGCGCCGGGACAUCGCCGGGGACCGGACAUGGAGCUCCGGGUCGGGUUACCGCUCAGGGACUUCUACAACGGACGGGACUUCUCGUUCGGCGUUGAGAAGCAGCAGAUCUGUGAUGCAUGUGAGGGUACCGGGUCCGCGGACCGGGAGGUCGUCACCUGCGAUAAGUGCUCUGGACGGGGAAUGAUCAUCCAGAAGCACCAGCUAGCGCCGGGCAUGUUCCAACAAGUGCAGAUGCAUUGCGAUAAGUGUGGCGGACAGGGCAAGAUGAUCAAGAAGCCGUGCCCCGUGUGUCAUGGCCACCGGGUUGUUCGCCGCGAGGUCGAGACGCAUGCGACUGUGGAACCUGGAAUGGAUAAGGGGAUGCGAUUGGUAUACGAGAACGAGGCGGACGAGAGUCCCGACUGGAUUGCGGGCGACUUGGUGCUGAUUCUGGAGGAGAAGGAGCCGGAGCUAAGCGAUGCCGAGGAACAUCGUACGGAUGGGACGUUUUUCCGUCGCAAGGGCAAGGAUCUGUUUUGGAAGGAGGCGCUGUCGCUACGCGAGGCAUGGAUGGGCGAGUGGACGCGCAAUAUCACGCAUUUGGAUGGACAUGUGGUUCACUUGGGGAGGAAGCGCGGGGAGGUCGUGCAACCGUUGUCGGUGGAGACGAUUAAGGGUGAGGGUAUGCCGCAUUACUCGGAUGGUCACCUUCAUGAUAAUGAUGAUGAGGAUGAAGAGCCUGGGAACUUGUAUGUCGAGUAUGCGGUUAUCUUGCCGGAUGAGAUGGAGAGCGGCAUGGAGAAGGACUUCUUUGCCCUGUGGGAGAAGUGGCGUAAGAAGAAUGGAGUCGAUUUGGGUCGUGAUAGUGGGAGGCCUAUGCCUGCUCCGCCGGUGAAGGAUGAGUUAUGAUAGAUAUCGAUUGCUUAAUUCUUGCUCGCUUUCACUCUUCCUCUCUCUCUAUCUUUCUCUUCGCUUCACGGGACGUGACAUUGUACAUUUAUUCAGUGGUUUAGAUAGCUAUCUUAGACGUUCUCUAUAGAGAGUAAUCGAAAAUGGCAUCCUUGACGCCCGACGCCCUUGAUGGGGAAUAAUAGUUCUCUACUUGAGUAUAACCAUCA